AUGGAAGCUUGAAUUAUAUCAGAAUAUUUAGGCUGGAUUAUUUUAAUUUCUAUAGGGUUUUAUAUUCAGAAACAUUAUUGCCCAACUAUGCUUUUUAAUGAGCCUGAAAUAAAUAUUGUAAAACUGUUUAGAUUUUCUUUAGGUAAAUCUAUAGAAGCUUCUGAAAUUAACAAAGAUCUUGAAGAAAAAAGAAAUAAGUAUAACUUGCACUUAAGUAGCUCUAGAAUGUUUCUCGAUGCCAGUAGCGCUGAACAUCAUUCUAUAUAUGGAAAAGAAUUAAAAGUUUUAGAAAGUUAUUAA